AACAAACAUCAACACAAAACUAAGCAUUAUAUACCAAUUGAGAGAGAGAUCAUAUCAUAUAUUAUAAGAUGGCUGGUUUAUUGAGAAACAUCUUUGGUGGGAAUGAUGGUGGAAACAAUGGAACUGUUGAUGCAUUUAACAACACUUGCGGCCAUCAAGAUUUCGAUGAGGCUGAAUUCAAAACUGGUGCAACAGUUACCAAUGGAGGUUACACUAGCCACCGUAACAACGGAACGAAAAAUGCAUUCAACAAUUCAUUUGGAGGAACUCAGAAAUUCGGAAAGGCCAAAUUCGAUACCGGAGCCAGGAUUGGAAACUAAAUUAUUACUAGAAGCUUUCAGGAGCUUCCCAAACAUACAUAUAUAUACAUAUAAUAUGUAUGUGUGUGUGUUUAUGGGUAAUAAAAGUAAUAAAAUAAUGUGUAUCUUGUGUGAACUGUGUUUGUGUGUAGUAAAUAAAAAAUAAUAAUUAAACUAAUAAUGUUUACAUA